AUGCUCUUGCUAGUCUUUAGUAAUGUGCUGUUGUAAAUACGUUUGAAUAAGCUAACACUACAUCCGCUUGUCUAUGUAGCGGAGACUCAGACAUAAGCAGUUACUUAAUUGCCUUACUCGUGUUUUUGAUUUAUUAAAUUCGGAAGGCCAUCCGCUGAAAGCUCCGACUUUGCAGUUGUUGGACUACAAACGGACUGUGACGUCAUCUCCGGCAGUCGUUUGCACAGCUGCCGGACAAACAUUCAAAAUUGUUGGCGGAGAAGCUGACUGACUACUGUGUUCACAGCAAUGGCUCCUCUCAAAUUUGUCAUUAAGUGUGGGAACUUUGCUGUGCUGGUGGAUCUCCACGUUCUGCCCUUGGGCGGCCAAGAGGACACCAGCUGGUUUACUACGGACCACAUCGAGGAGGUUACAAGCCUGGUUCGAGAUGCUGUGGACCACAGAGUUAAGCAGUACACAGAGUUUCUCCACAAUAGAAGACAGCCUAAACAGAAGAAGGAGCUGCCACCUGUUUCAACCUUUUUUGUGAAAGGGCAAAACUUCAACCUGGUCGCCAAUUUUCUGAAGCGACACUCCAGUCUCAGAUGUAUUGUCAGGCAGGAUUUGCGUGUGUUUCCUGAACGAUAUGUUGUGUGUGUGAGCUGUCCAGAGGAUGCCUUAGCACACCAUAGAAACCCGAGCCUGGCCGCGACUGAGCUGAGUGAACAAAGCAGAUCGGAAUAUUUUUCCAGUGUGGGAGAAACCCAAGAGCUUUUAAACAGCUCCACAAAAACAAAGAAGGCUGUGCUUCAAAAGAUAGCCAAACAAGCCAGUGUCCAGCGAGAGCUCAGUGGUUCCACUAUGGUGGACCAGCAGAUUGACCAGAGAGCCUCUCCUAAAAACUCAAGACCUGAAAUAAAAGCUGGAGAGCCUGAAUUAAGCCCUACUCAAAAGCAGGAGCAGCAAGGUGAGAAUAAUCCUCCAGACACAAUAAAUGGGGCCUCAGUAGGUUUCUGCCAACACAAAAUCGUUCAGGAGACCAACAAGAACAAGAGGUGCAAGCCGAGUGAUGCUGGGGACGACCCUCACUCACAGAGGGCCAAGAGGACGUGCCUUGAACAACCUCCAACCACAAUGCAAACUCACUCCACCGAGUGCUCCACGCAAACAUCCAAGCAUGACCUCCUUCCUCUGCCGCCCUCUCCUCUACUCGAAGCCAAGGCAGAGUCCAAGGCUUUCCCUGUCUCUGAGUGCAAGAAAACCACACUGGAAGUGGAGCUGCUUACUCCAGGGAAACGGGCCCAAAGGCUCCCCCUCACAAGCAAUAACACGGCACAGACAAACCAAAACAGGCUGGCCGCAAGUCUGAGGGGCCUAUCUGUCAAGCCUGCAUCCUCAGGCUCCUCUAUUGGUUCCAGAUCCACCCUCGGAGAGGAGGGGAGUGAAAAUGUGCCCAGAACCUCUAGAUUACGACGACUGAAGAGGUCCUGAGGGGGAGAGACAAACUACAGUAAAGAUGCCUGACGCCACAGAGAUAGAGAUGAUAUUCUGUCAGGCUGCAUGUUUACCCCAUGUAGUUUGUGUGGUCUCCUCACAUGACUGGAAUUUGUGCAUGUGUCACUAUUUACUACAAUAUCUUUUCUUUUCACAUGUGCUCCACAUACCGUGUGCACACACAGACACAGACACAGACACACACACACACACACACGCAGAUCAAAUGCUGUACAUAAUGUGGCAACUGAUACAUGAGCAUUUGACUUACUCUUUGUCGAAUACUUGAAACAGAUUUUGCCUCCACCCAUAAGUAGUGGUGGUCAAGAGAGACUCGCAAAUGAAAGUCAAAAACCUUUAAUUGGAGUUUAGAUUUGGUUUUGUGUUAAAGAUUGGGGAUUUCAGACAGGCAGGAGCCAUGCAGUACGUCAUGGCUUUCAGUCUGAAAUACUGGCUCCUACGUGUCUGAAAACUGUCCAGUUUCCCUGCUGAAGCUCUGGUGUGAUUGAUUGCUGUUUCCAGAUUUAUUUCAUCACCCCUUUCUCAAAAAUGUAUUUUUGUAGUUGGAUUUCAAUUAUAUACAAUUUACUCAAUACUUAGUCACUAAGAACCUGAAAUGUAUCUCUAAAUUGGAAGGUAUUAUGCAUUUUAUACUGAACGUGAACCAAUUAUGUGUGGGCAUGUGAGCAGUAUGGAAUUAUUAGUGGUGUCAUUUUGGAAUAGCAGGACAUCUUCAGUAUCUCAGGUUAAAAUGUAGCUGUCGCCCCAACACUUGGAAGAGCUGUUCAUAUCAUGCUACUGGCCCAGACCCAGAGAGAGCAUGGGGCAACUAGGAGCCAGCAGUCACUUAUACCCUCAUUUAAUAAACCAAGACGUUCCAUUUGAUGACAUAAUGUUGCCUGACUAUAUUACUCCUGGUUUAUUUUUAUUUUUACUGGAAAGACAUUUUAUGAUCGAAAUAAAUGUGUUUUUCCCAGGGGGGAAAAAAA